CUUAAACAAGAAUGAAAUUAUGGCAUUUUCUAGUAAAUGGAUGGAGCAUAGUAAAUGAAAUAAGCCAAUUCUAAGAAACCAAAAGCCGAAUGUUUUCUGCUAUGUGGAUGCUAACCCACUGUAAGUGAGUAGGGUAGGGAUGCAUAGAGAAACUUUGGAUUAGAUAGAGGGGAGUGAGGUGAGGUAGGAAGGAUAGUAGAAUGAAUCAGAUAGUGUUACCAUGUAUGUAUAUAUGAUUGCAUGACUGGUAUAAUUCUACAUAAUGUACAACCAGAGGAAUGAGAAGUCAUACUCCAUUUAUGUGUGAUGUUCAGAAUAUAUUCUACCUUCUACCGUCACGUAUAACUACUUAGAACAAAUAAAAAAAAUUAAAAAUUCUUUAUGUAAGAAUCACAGCAAACAAUGUUCGUAAAAUAAUCUAAAUUUUUUACUAAUCUAAGUAAUCUAAAAUAAUCUCUAAAAUACAUUUGUGAUCUACUUCACAAUGUUACUGUGGCUCACUGUAAAGUCUAAAUAAAUACAAACUUAGUAUUAAGCUUUUUUUGUUUUUGUUUUGUUUUUUGUUGUUGUGCUAGUAGUGGUUUGUGGUACUAAUGAUUGAACACAAGAAUGCUCUACUACUGAGCUACAUUCCUAUUUCCAUUUUACUUUUUUUCUGGAACAUAUAUGAAGUACAUAUAUGAAGACAUGAAUUGGUGUUCAAAAACUUUGUAUAAAAUCAGCGAUGUGGAAAAUUGUGCUCUAUAUGUGUAAAAAGAAUUGUAAUGCAUUCCACUGUCAUAUAUUUUUAAAAAAAUUAAAAUUCCACUGGAAACCAUCACCAACAGAUUAGAUUGCAUACAAAACAGAACUUGAAUCCUUGAGGACAGACCUUCAACUUCAGGCCUCCAAGACAGGGUAAAGGCUCUCAGAUGGGAGUGUUCUUGUGGCCAGCAUGGAAGUGGCAGGACCAACCCACGGAGCUGGUCACCCAACCAGAGGGCUGAAAGUCCAGGGAAGGAGCAGAGGCCCCACAGGGGUUACUGUGCCCCUGGCAACAAGUUCCUGGUCAAAGCCCAGGCUAGGCCUCUACAUUUGAGGCAGAGUGCCAAGGGUGUCAGGAACCCUGCACUGCCCAGAAUUCUGAAUGCUUUGGUCAUAAUUGACCCCUACAGUGCUCCAGGACAUUCAGCUGGAAGGUGGAUGGCCAUAGAGUGGUUUUCAGAGAGGAGCUGAUGGCUCUCUGAAGCUCUAGCAAUGUCAUCCUUGUUUAGAGGCCUAGGCUCUGGCUUGGGCCAGUCCUUGGGUCAGGUGGGAGGCAGCUUGGCUUCCCCCACUGGCCAAGUCUCCAACUGCACCAUAGAUAUGCCUGUGGAGGUCUCCAAAGCUCUGGAAGCCCAUUCACUUCAUUGUCGGAGAAAGAAAAUUGAAGCCAGGAAAUCAAGGUUGAGAUCUGAGAAUAAAAGACUUAAAAAACAUUGUACUGAUCUGGAAAAAAAGCAUGAAGCAUCAGAGCUUCAAAUAAACCUUCAAUCUACAAGUUACCGAAACCAACUGCAACAGAAACAGGUAGAAAUCAGCCAUCUUCAAGCAAACCAAAUGGCACUACAGGAGCAGUUGUUGAGCCUGCAGUCAGCUGCUCAAUCAGUACCUUCAGGAGCGGGUGGUGUACCAGCAACCAGUGCACCUUGUUCAUCUGGUAAUGGACUCAGUGAAAUCUGCAAACUACAACAUACUAUUAAGGUCCUGGAACAAAACCGAAGUCAGGACAUGGAUCAUCACCAACAUGAAAUGUCUGUUUUGCAGAAUGCACAUCAAAAGAAACUGGCAGAGUUAAAUCACCAGCAUCAACAGGAGUCAAAUGACUAUGAAGGACGGAUUGCAGAACUGGAAAAGCUGUUAAACCAAGGUGACUCAGGAGUUACAGUCACUGAUGAGUCUCAAGUCUGGGAAAUGCAAAACACUAUUCAAGUUCUACAAACUGAAAAACUAGAGUCCACAAGAAGAAUCAAAGAACUUGAGGAUACAAUAAAAGACAUAAGUGAAAAAUUGUCUUCUGCAGAAAACGAUAGAGAUGUCCUGAAGAGAAAUAAAGAACAGCUCAGUGUGGAAAAGCAACAAAUGAUUGAAGAAUGUGAAAACUUGAAAUUGGAAUGUACUAAAUUGCAGCCUUCUGUGAUGGAGCAGAGUGAUCCUGUGGCAGAAACAAUUUCUCCACAGAGUUCAUCAGUGGGAGAAGUAUUGAGAAUACAACAAGCCCUGUCUGAUGCUGAAAAUGAAAAAAUGAGACUGAAUAGUUUAAAACAAGAUACCAGUCUUGCUGAAGACAAUCUGAAACUUCAAAUGCAUGUCCAAGUUUUAGAAAAAGAGAAAUUAUUAUUGAGUCAAGAAAAGGAAGAACUUCAGAUAUCACUUUGCAAACUGAGCUGGGAAUAUGAAGUCAUUAAAAGUUCGGCUUCAACAGACAUGAAUUUGAAUGUACAAAUACAUGACUUAACACUUAACAUGGAUGCUAAGGAGCAAGAACUGAAUGAAAGUAUUAAUGAAAAGGAAAUGCUGAUAGCUGAGUUAGAAGAACUGGACAAUGAGAACCAGGAAGCUACAAAGCACAUGAAUUUGAUAAUAGAUGAGCUAUCAAAACAGCAAAAUGAAGGAGAUGGUCUAACCACGAAUUUGAAACAAGAUCUAGAUGACAAAAAAGAGAGAGUUCAUCAACUUGAGGAGGAUAAAAUGGACAUAACUAAAGAGUUGCAUGUAGAGAAAGAAAAGUUAACUGAGAGUGCACUGAGCCUCCGUGAUUUGCAUUUAACCAAGCAGAAGCUUGAAGAUAAAGUCGAAGAUUUAAUAAAUCAGCUAAGUCAGUCACAAAAAAGUAGUUUAAAUAUCCAGCAGGAAAACCUGGAACUUAAGGAAUACAUUAGCCAAAAGGAAGAGGAACUAUGUAGAGUUCAGAACGAGUUAAGAUGUGCUGUUAAUGAAGACUCUAAUUUUAAGGAUGACUUGCUUAAAGAAGGGGAAGUCGAAAUUACAAACUUGAAGCAAAAUCUUGCAGAAGUAGAACAGCUCAAUGAAAAUUUAAAGAAAGUUGCUUUUGAUCUGAAAACGGAAAAUGACAAGUUAAUUUCAGCAUGUGAAGAUGUAAGGCAUCAGUUGGAAGAAUCUAUUGCUGGUAACAACCAAAUUUCUCUACAAAAAGACACUAUUAUGGAGACUCUGAAAACAGAGAAAGAACAGAUACAAGUAGAACUGUGUCAGGCCAAAAAGAAACUGUUGGAAGAAGCAAACAAUUAUAGGCAGACUAUUCAGGAACUCUCAAAUGUAUGUAAUUGUAAUACCUCUGCCUUACAGCUGGAACAGGAGCGUGCAGUGCAACUCAGUCAAGAGAAGGACUUUGAAAUAGCAGGACUCAAGAAGAAUAUUGAGCAAAUGGCUACUGAUCAAAAAGAAACUAAGGAAAUGUUGGCAUCUCGUUUAGAAGAACAGAAGCAAUUGAUGCAACUUAUAAAUGAGAAAGAAUUUUUUAUUGGCCAACUCAAACAAGAAAGUUCAGCACUGCAAAAGGAUUUAGAUAAGUGUUCUCAGGCCUUAAAACAAAAUGAAACUUUAAGGCAGACCAUAGAGGGAAAAGACAGAAGUCUUAGCUCCAUGAAAGAAGAAAACAGUCAUCUGCAAGAAGAAUUGGAAAGACUUAGGGAACAGCAGAAUCGAGUUGGAGCUGUGGCUGAGCCUGAAACCCUCGAUAGUAUCACAGAACUAGAAUCUGAGGUUUCUCAACUGAAUAUCAUCAAGAAUCAUCUGGAAGAGGAAGUUACACACCAUCAAAAGGUCAUUGAAGAUCAAAACCAGAGUCAAAUGCAACUACUUCAGUCUCUACAGCAGCAGAAGGAGGAAAUGGAUGAAUUUAAAUACCAGUAUGAGCAGAUGAAGGCUGCACAUACCCAAUUGUUUUUAGAAAAAGACAAGGAAAUUAAGAACUUGCAGAGAACCAUUGAACAAAUAAAAGCCCAGGGGCAUGAAGAGAGACAAGUCAUUCAAACAGAGAAUGCUGAUAUUUUCCAAGAAACAAAAGUAAAAAGCCUUAAUAUAGAAAAUGGGAGUGAAAACCAUGACAUGUGUAAAGCCAAAAUGGAAAAAUUUGUGAAAAGAAUCAAAGAACGAGUACUUGAAAUUAAACUUCUGAAUGAAAGGAAUAUAUCUUUAACCAAACAGAUUGUUCAGCUGUCAAAAGAUGAGGUUGAGAAACUUACUCAAAUUAUCCAGCAGAAAGACAUGGAGAGACGAGCGAGCUCUUCCUGCUAGAAUGUCUCCAGUUUCAUACACCUAGGAUGUCCUUGACCUCUAGCAGCAACUCUAGACUUCACUAUGGAAAGAGAACGUUUUAAAUGAGAAGAUCCAAAAGUUUCCCCAGCAUACCUUUGAGACCAGAUGAGAAAACUAUGCUUAAUAGUUCUUUUUCAGGACUUUUGGUUCAGUCUCUGGAAACAGAAUUUCGUUGUCACUAGGGGGCAAAAUUGCAAUGUAUGCACUUGAGGGGAGAAAUAAAGAAUGUUCAUAUA